AUGGUCCUCGACUACUUCCUCUACUCCGUGUGCGAGCAGUGCUGCGACUGCAUCCCCAUGGGCACGCGCCGGAGGGACUACGACGCCCUGGCGAGCGCACACUCGCCCGCCGACCCGACUCUGUGGAAGGAGGACCGCGGCAAUUGCCCGGCACACGCACAGUUUGAUGUGUGCAAGGUCCUGCCGAAUGUCAGGUACUUUGCAAAGCCCGGCGACCCGGAGCUCGUCGCCCCGAAGAUUUGCCCCAAGCUCAGGGAGUGGCAGAAAAGCCCCGAAGCUGCCGACUGGCCCGUCAAUCCGGAAACCAAUAUCGAAUCGGAUGUGAGGCGCUUUCUUAAUGGUAUACUGGUCGCCACUGACUGUGACAAUAAGCUCAUCUGGGGGAGGUGCUACGAAAUGGAGGAUAAGCAGAGCAACCUCGACUUGCCAGAGGGCGCUGAUCCGCCGGAAGUCCCAGUUAUCACACGCCCUCCGACCACAACAGAGGCUACUACUACUACUACCACUACCACUACAUCCACCACCACUACGGAACCCGAAGAAACGGGAACAACCCCAGCUUCUACGGAUAGUGAAAGUACUGCUGAAGACGCCGAAGAGCCUAUCGAGCCGGGGUCUGACCCAGGUACCGAAUCGGACACCGACUCGGACUCUGCCACCGAUCCGGACCCUGACCCGGACUCACCAGGCGAAGAUGACCUUUCUGAGGAGUCCGGCUCUGACAACGACACGUCGGAAGACCCAGCCUCCGACGACUCGGGCGAUGACACGUCCUCGACGAACUCUGGGACUUCGCCCGACUCCGAGCAAGGCACAUCUUCGAUCAUCGAAGGCACCGCCUCUUGCUUCCCGGCCACAUCUACGGUGGAGCUCGCGUCCGGCGCCCGCAUCCCCAUGUCCGACCUGCGCAUCGGCCACUCGGUGCGCGUCUCUACGCACGCCUUCUCCCCGGUCUUCCUCUUCUCCCAUCGCACAUCCUCGUCCGCGCCGUCCUACAUUCAAAUCACACCAACCACUGGCAAUCACACGCUCACUGUCACUUCAGGUCACUACCUGCACAUUAACCGCCAACUCCUCCCCGCUGCUGCCGCCAAGGUCGGCGAUCACAUCCUGACCGCCGACCACGGAUGGGCACCCGUCGCGGCCGUCCGAAUAGUUCAAGCGAACGGGUUGUACAACCCGCAUACCCUACAGGGAGACCUUGUCGUCGAUGGUUUCGUCACCUCGACGUACACAACGGCCGUGCCAAGACGCAUCGCUACCGGUCUGCUCGCGCCGCUGCGCGCCUUUUACCGGCACGGGCUCGUGUCGGAACGCCUGUUUGGCUCGUUCCUUGCAGACGGCUUCCGAAGCGGAAUCCCUGCUAGUAUCGAGUUGUAACGUUGAGACUGCUUAACCACACAAGUGCAACUUCGUAUUUGUAUACCACCAAUUUUGACAGUAAACCCGUUUUCGAGUGGUUCCCCUUUAGUGUGUCUUAACAAUCUUUUGUUUAAGAGCUAAUAGCCGAUGUGCGUAUCACGAAUUGCUCCCCUGAUGAAUUCUUGUGGACACCGUGAAAUACCGUUCACGGGUCGUAUGGAACUGUAUCCGUCAAUCGAGAAGACGGUAAGGGAUGAGUGUGUAAUCCAAUGAAAACGAAAGGCCGUAAGUGCACCAGGGAGUACGUGUGGGUUGUCCACCGGCCUUGAGUGCGGAUAUUCCGC